UCUUCUAGUCCACGUGACCAGGGCGGAAACGGCCCAUAUAUAGUCCACUCCGAAUCUCCCGCGAACGUUCCGCCAUUUACUCUCCCUCUCUUAGCUGCAACGCCGGAUCACAGAAAGAAGACACAAUGGCAGCCUUUCCCUCGCAGACGCCGCAAUUCAAGCUCGUGUUGGUCGGCGAUGGAGGAACUGGAAAGACUACUUUUGUAAAACGCCAUUUAACAGGAGAGUUCGAGAAGAAAUAUGUUGCCACUCUCGGAGUAGAGGUUCACCCCCUCACGUUUCACACAAGCAGAGGGCAGAUUAACUACAAUGUGUGGGACACGGCUGGACAGGAGAAGUUUGGCGGACUCAGAGACGGUUAUUACAUCCAAGCUCAGUGUGCCAUCAUCAUGUUUGACGUCACCUCCCGAGUAACCUAUAAGAAUGUGCCCAACUGGCAUCGGGAUCUGGUCCGCGUCUGUGAGAACAUUCCCAUCGUCCUCUGCGGAAACAAGGUGGACAUCAAGGACAGGAAGGUCAAAGCCAAGAGCAUCGUGUUCCACCGCAAGAAGAACCUGCAGUACUACGACAUCUCAGCCAAGAGCAACUAUAACUUCGAGAAGCCCUUCCUGUGGCUAGCGAGGAAACUGGUGGGUGACCCCAACCUGGAGUUUGUAGAGAUGCCCGCCCUCGCCCCCCCAGAGGUCCAGAUGGACCCCAACCUCGCUGCCCAGUACGAGGAUGAAUUAAGAACUGCCUCCAACACAGCCCUCCCAGAUGAUGAUGAGGAGCUUUAACCUGUUACCAGCGCCCAUGCCCCUACCGUUGACCUUGGACCCUUUUACUGUAAACCCCUGUUGCAGAUUUAUUUUUUAUUUGAACAUUUUUGUGUUUAACAAGACAAAUUGCUGGAGAAGUUGCGUUUCCAUUUUCAUGGCAUAAGACAGACCCAACCUAGUGUUGUUGGCAUGGAAAGGUGCCACUCCUCUUCAAGCACCCUCCAGAGAUUUUAGCCAGCUUACUUAAUGCUGUUGUAUUUCCCACUGGAAGCACUAUGGAAAAAUUUGAAUUAAACAUUCACAAUAUACAAUCA